AAGAAUACAGGCAAUAUCACAUAGCAUGAAUCGUGUUUAAAAUAAUGCAUGAUUUUCAGUGUACAUUGGAUUCAUUACUAUUUCAUCAAGUUUUCCUAUAUUACUACAACGCUGUUGUCUGAACCUAGCACUAUGCUGUUGGAGGAUGACAGAAAAUGAAUUUGGUAGACAAGCGAGUAUUUUUAGUAAAAUCAGUGAUUUAUAGUUUUUUUUUUAAAUCAAAUAAGCAUUUCUAGAGGAACAAUUCAAUACGUCCUAUCUGCUUUGAUAGAUUUUUAAUCGAUUUUUUUUAAUCACCACGGUUUUUAAACACGUUUGAUGACUUGUUUCUUAUGCUGAGUGAGAAGAAUUUAAUGAAUGAAUAGAAGGCCAGAGAAAACAAUUAGCGCUAAGUUGACAUUUAAAUUAAAAAUCGAUCCAGGAUCAUGGCUCUUUAUUGCCAUUGCUGAUAAAUAUUUACAAUGACACCAAGUGAAAUACGUUUUAUAUGAGUGAACUUAAAACUAUGUUGGAUAAUCAGAUUAAAAUACGCUACGAUUGCUUCUCGGACAACUGUAUAUCGUUAGGACCCUUCAAUCAAAUAUCGAAGACAGCACAAAAAUAUAAUAAAUACUUCGCACUAGAUAGCGAGCAGCUUUCGUUUAUAUGGGGCUGGUUGUAAACUAUCUUGAAAUGCAUUAGGGCUUUUUGAAAUAAAAUCAAUAUUUUCAAAAUAAAUAAACUAAGACAGGACGAGAUAAUAAAUAAACUCCUACUGCGAGGACGUUUGAAAAAAUAUUGAACAUAUCAUCACAUAUCUCAUAUUUCCAGAAAAGCUGAGUAUUUUGAAAAUAUUUUCGUUUUUCUGAUUCAUCCCAUACAAUAAAAUUCUCUUUACUAUCAGCUGCAGGCCAGCGGCAUCUGUUGGAUGUCACCGUCAGAUGCAUUGAUUGUUUGCCAUGCGCCACACGACAUCGACCUUUUGGUUUAACCAGUUUGACGAGCAAGCCGUGACUUUAAACGCAGCCCCGCGAACAGAAUCAAAUUUUCUAGUAGGUAAACGAGAAAAGUACACGAGACGUCUCGCAAGAAAAUGCGCACGAGCUGUCGCAUGUACGUACAUGUAUCUCAUGUACCUCGCACAACAUAACAAGAGACGAGCAACCGAUUUUCGCAUCGCAACAGAAAUCCUAAUGCCUUGAUACCUACACGUCUCACUCGGCUCAUUUAUUUUUCGUCCGUGCACGGUACGCAGCUCGUCGCAGCUGGGAGAGAAAAGAGAACAAAGGCGCAAUGCUCACUGUCUCUUGUGUGUGCUCGCGAGAUUUCAGAAAGGUUGGUCUUAUCACCGGAGGUACCGUAGCCUCGCGACUCGGGUGAUUUCCCGUGUGAAGUUAGCCAUUGCACAACACUCACUUCUGAUGCUUUGUUUUGCGGAUGCAACUACUAGCUUUAAAUUCAACAAUCAAAGUAAUGAAACUAUUUAAGCCGUAGCUCUAUAACUCAGUUGACUUCAUCGAGUUGAAUUCUCGGUUAGAUUUUACAGCAGAAAAUGUUCAUCAUUCCCCGAUCAGUCAUGCUCAGUUUGCCCCGAGUGCUCGUUAGGCCCUGAUCUCCCCUACCAGAUACUAGCUGACGGAAAUUUUUUUCCUGUCAUUAUUUUGAUUAAAAGUAGUUAAACUCAAAUCCAAAAUUUUAAUUUCAGGAAAGAAUGUUCGAUUCUGAAUGAUUCAAACCCACUAUUGGAAAAAGUGAUUUUAAUCAAGGAUUUUUUUUCUGUAACGAAAACAAGCUUUAAUGAAGUAUUUUUUGGUAAGCCCCGAUAAGCUUCUUACACUAAACAAGAUUGAAAACUUCCACAAGAGGAGCAUUUUUGAUACUCGUACUGUUUUCAGUUAUUUCGCUCCAGCUCGGUUAUCAAACAUGUAUUCUAGGUUAUCAAACCAUGGUGGAAGUUUUUUUUUGUAAUCUGAGGGUCAUAAUGAGAAAGAAGUGGAUCCUGUACGAAGAUGGGAAAUCCCGAAUGCCAUCAAAUUUUCUUCGCUAGAUGCUGAUUCGGUUAAUACUUACAAGAACUUUAAUGAACUGCGAAUGAUUCCUGGUGGAAUGAAACGACAUUUGAAUAUAAGCUCGAUUCGACUGCGGUUGUUAAAUAGUAAGUAUUUAGACAGUGUUUCGUGAUUAGUUGAACGGUGAAAAUUAUCUAAGACGCUAUGAUUCUAGUUUGCAUUUUGACAAGUUUCUUACUGAGCAGCUCUACUGCUGAACAGUUUCCUUGUGGAGAACCUAAAGUUUUCCACCGGCUGACUAUUAAAGGGGACUUUUCCGUGAAUCGUGGCGAUUGGCCCUGGCAUGCAGCCAUAUAUCAUAAAGAUAGAAAUUGUGAACGAUAUGCCUGUGGUGGAACUUUAAUUAGUGAAGAAUUUGUGUUAACGGCUGCGCACUGUACAUUUAAUGUUGACUCUAACCAGCGUUUAGAUGUGAAAAGAAUCUUCGUACGACUAGGAUUUUAUCAAUUGGACGUCAUUAACAAAGACACCAGGCAGUUCCCAGUUCAAAAGAUACAUUAUUAUGAAAACUUCAGUAGCAGACGUUUACAGAAUGAUAUUGCCAUUUUGGAACUAGCCGAGGUUGUUCGGUUUACAAACUACAUUCUUCCGGCAUGUUUGAGCAUGGAAUCGGCAAUCUCUCAAGGAACCGCCAUCGGAUGGGGUCUGGCAGAGGAUGACGAAAUUUCGCCGAUCCUUAAGAAAGUGGCUCUUCCAGUUAUCGAUACCUUGAACUGUCUUAUCAGUGACCGAGACUAUUUCGGGCAUACGCUUGAUUAUGGAAUGUUCUGCGCUGGGUACAAUAAUGGAACUACAGUCUGCAAUGGGUAUAGUGGGGGUGGAUUUUUCGUCAAGCAUGACAAAAGCUGGCACCUGCAGGGAAUUAUCUCUUUCAUUAAAAAACGGGAAGACCAUUCCAACUAUUGCUCCACGGAUAGCUAUGCCGGUUUUACGAACGUUACGGAUUACAUCCCUUGGAUCAGGAAUAUAACUGGCAUUCAACUGAAGGAAUAAAACUCAUCCUUUUUUAUACAAACGUAUACGAAGGGUAGUCAAAUAUUGAAACCCGAAGGGAGCACCGAAGAGGAAAUCGUAUACAACUGGCCGUUCGAAGGAUCACUUCUUGAUAAAAAUGGCUUUUUUUUGUGUGACAUUGCUAUUAUAUCAGAAAACUUCGUGAUCACUUCAGGUGAGUGCGUAUCCGAUACACCAGGUGAUUUGGUGGUAAAAAUGAGAAUGACAGUUUCGCGUUAUGGAAUAGCCAAGUACAGUCAACAGUUCAAUGUCAGCAAGGUGAUUGUACACGAUGAUUCUUUUGCAAUGUUACAGCUUAGCUCUGAAAUAGUGUUUGACGAUUACGUUCAGCCAAUUGGUCUAUGGAUGGGCGACACAUCACAAGAGGACAUUUUUUCGAAAACUGGAUACAUAGCAACUUGGAAUUUAUCUUUGGGUUCUGAACAUUUAGGUGAAGACUCUAAAAAGAAGGCAUUCGCUGCUCACAUUUUUGAAAUUUAUGACAGCAUUGAAGAACUCUCACGAAAAAAACUGUUUUCUGCAUACUAUCUCAACGAAACAGACACUUAUCUCUAUUCGGGAUGUGCUCUUUAUAUAUUUGAUAGAAAUCAAAAGAUGCUGCUAGGAAUAUUAAUAAAUGGCGGCGCAACAGAAAAUAGAUCCAGUAAUUUCGUAAACGUUACGAAAUAUUUAGCUUUCUACAACAUGCUAGUUUAGAAAUGUAGCAUUUAAUGCCAAGGUUGGAUGUGUCGAUACACCCAUACAUCCAUUCGUGCCACCACACAGUAACAAGUGCUGCCCGGGCACGAAAUGUACC